AUGGCUUUCGCCUCCCAUGUGCCGCGCUUUCAGGCAGGCUUACACUCACCCCACCUUUGUGGCCCGUAUCGGCCGGUGGAUGUGCCGAAGACAGAGGCGGCUCCGAAGCACUUGCAGGUUUACUGCGACUUGGAUGGGGUGCUGGCAGACUUCAACAAGGGCUGCCUUGCGCUUUUUCCUGAGGGUGGUGCAAUUGCAGCCAAGAUACCAACCCACACAGUCACGAAACUUACCUGGGAGGAAGAGGGGGAGAUGUGGCGUCGCAUUGAGGAGAAGCCUGACUUCUUCUUAUCCCUUGAUUGGACCCCUGAUGGCGAGGAGCUCUGGAGGUGGAUUGACUGGAAUAUCGUCCCCACACCAGCAGUGCUCACAGGUCUCCCGAUGGGCCGGGCAGGACAGAUGGCGGCAAAGCAAAAGGAGCAGUGGUGCAAAGAGAAGUUGGGCUCGGAGGUGGCGGUCUACUGUUGUGGUACCCGAAAUAAGCAGAAGUUCAGCGGCCAGGGCUGCGUGCUGAUUGAUGAUCGCGGAGAUUUGCGCGAGGCCUGGGAGGCACGUGGGGGGAUUUUCGUCCACCACACCUCAGCUGCUGAGAGCAUCCGCCAGCUGCGGGAGAUCCUGAAGUCCUCGCACAUGGGUGAGAGGGACGUAAAGGCCGUCAGCAACAGCGUGCCGUUGCAAAUGACCAGCGUCUGCUGGGCGGCCCAGACCCCUGCAGGCUGCUUCAAGCCCAAGUGCCGGUACCUGCACGUUCCCAUCUCCAAGCGACACCGCAGCUGGAUUCAGCUCUGGGGUUUCGUCUGGUGGCACCAGAGGAUGUUUGAUGAUCUUCUCAGCUUCGUGGAAUGCAUUCGGUCAGUUUACUCCCCGCAGCACCAAGCUGCCUUCCAGGCAGACAGGGACAUGGACGAGCAAUCCCAUGGAGCCUUCCGAUCCAUGCUGGAAACGCUCAGGGAGAGUUGCGAGCUUGGGUUGCCGUUGGACUUCUUAAGCGCCACAGAAGAUGAGCCAUCACUGCCUUCUUCGCUGCCUCCUCUGCCUCGCCAAGUGCGGAACGUGCUGGCGCAGGCAGCGGCCGAAGUUCAGACCUUGGACGUGCUUGGUCCUGACCCAAGGGUCGUGGUAGCUGGGAGCAUGGGUCUGGGUGCUGAUGUUGGAGGGUCAGACCUGGACCUGGUGCUCUGCUGCGAUGUGGAGGUUGGAAAGCCGCUUGAGCAGGUGAACCCGAAAACAGCUCUGGCUGCUGUUACGGAAGCUUUGGUGAAGGCGGGUGAAGCCGUGGACAUCCUGCUAUUGGAGCAGGUUGUGGUUCCACUGCUUUCCUUCCGGCUGGGAGGCCUUAGCGUUGACCUCACGCUGAACCAGAUGUCCUCCAUCCGUGACAUCCUCCUGUUCCGCUAUGCUUUGCGAACAGCUGGGCCGGAGCUCUCCUCCAUGUUGCGGCUUGUGAAGAUGUGGCUGAAAGCACGGCGAAUCCCAGGUACCAAGCAAGGCGGAUUUCCUACGGUUGUUUGGCUGCGCAUGGCCAUCCGCUUUUACCAGGAGUCCAAGGGCAGCUCCAAAGCGCGGCGCGUGGCCCGGGAUUGGCUGCGGCGCUUCAUGGUCUGGGCCUGGCAGGGGCUCCCAACAGGAGGUUCGCCUUUGGCGCUCUAUGGCGAGCAGGAGUACUACUCGGGCCGCUUAGCGGCCGGGGUGCCCGCAGGAACGCUUCUGCUGUUCGUAUGCGAGAUGGUGACCUUUCUGGAGAAGUCACCUGCGCCAAGCGCAGUGGGAGAGGACCUGUAG